AUGUGGGUAUGCAAUUUAUGUCGAAAGCAACAAGAAAUCCUAACGAAAUCUGGAGCGUGGUUUUUUGGAAGUGGACCACAGCCGUCACCCAGUCAGGACGGAACGCUGAGUGAUACGGCGACGGGCGCAAGCUCGGAUGCACCGAGAGAAAAGAAAGCAAGACUUCAAGAGCGAUCGAGGUCACAGACUCCCUUAAGUACAGCAGCUGCCUCAUCACAGGAAAUCUCCUCUUCCAGUGUGCAGCCUGACCGUAGGAAAGGAGCAGAAGUGUCACAGCCGGCUAUGGGCCCGGACCAAAAGCAAGCUUCAAGGUCUAGAAGUGAACCUCCAAAAGAGAGGAAGAAAGCAGUGUUGGUUUCUGACCAGAAUGGCAAAGGUGUAAAGAGCGAGCGUAAGCGUGUGCCAAAAUCCUCACUUCAAAAAGAAGGACCAACAGAUGACAGGGAGCGUAAAGAGCGGCAUGAAGGUAGAAGGCUGGAGAAAGGCAAGUCACAGGAUUACCCAGACUUGCCAGAGAAACUUGAGGAAGGCAAAGUGCCUGACGAUGAAAAACAAAGGAAGGAAGAUGAAUAUCAUACCCGUUACAGGAGUGACCCCAAUCUGGCAAGAUACCCUGUAAAACCACACCCUGAGGAGCAGCAGAUGCGCAUGCACGCCAAAGUUUCUAAAGCACGACACGAGAGAAGACACAGUGAUGUAGCUUUGCCACACACAGAAAUGGAGGAAGCGGAGGUACCUGAGAAUAAAUUAGGAAAACGCUCACAAUUACAGGGAACUCAGGACAGAAAAUCUCUUGUGGAAACUCAGAGGUCGUACUCUAUAGACAGAACAGGUGAUGUAAGAAUUUCUGUUUCUAAACAAUUAACUAAUCAUAGCCCACCAACUCCCAGGCAUAGUCCAGUUCCUAUAGAACACGUAGAAUACAAGAACCACGAUUCCUUUAUAAAACAGAGCCGCCUUGAUCCUAGCUCUGCUAUUCUCAUGCGAAAAGCAAAGCGGGAGAAAAUGGAGACCAUGCUAAGGAAUGAUUCCCUUAGCUCUGACCAGUCGGAAUCAGUGCGGCCAUCCCCUCCAAAGCCUCAUAGAGCAAAAAGAGGCGGAAAGAAAAGGCAGAUGUCAGUUAGUAGCUCAGAGGAAGAAGGGGCAUCAACACCAGAAUAUACUAGCUGUGAAGAUGUGGAGAUAGAAAGUGAAAGUGUCAGUGAAAAAGGUGACUUGGAUUAUUACUGGCUGGAUCCUGCCACGUGGCACAGCAGGGAGACGUCCCCUAUUAGUUCGCAUCCCGUAACGUGGCAGCCCUCCAAAGAGGGAGAUCGCUUAAUUGGGCGUGUUAUUCUUAACAAGAGAACAACCAUGCCUAAAGAAUCAGGUGCAUUACUGGGGCUAAAAGUUGUUGGAGGAAAAAUGACAGAAUUAGGACGACUCGGUGCCUUCAUUACCAAAGUGAAGAAAGGUAGCUUGGCUGAUGUGGUGGGGCAUCUCAGAGCAGGGGAUGAAGUUCUAGAAUGGAAUGGUAAACCCUUGCCUGGAGCUACAAAUGAAGAAGUUUACAACAUUAUUUUAGAAUCAAAAUCAGAACCUCAAGUUGAAAUCAUUGUUUCAAGGCCUAUUGGACAUUUUCAUCAGUUUCAUUCUCUGAACUCCUUGAGACGUUUAUAUAAAAAUUACUAUGAUAUUCCACGGAUUCCCGAGACUUCCCACCCCCCAUUAGAGUCUAGUUCAAGUUCUUUUGAAUCUCAGAAGAUGGAAAGGCCUUCUAUUUCUGUUAUAUCUCCGACUAGCCCUGGAGCCCUACGGGAUGCGCCUCAGGUCCUACCAGGGCAGCUUUCUGUUAAACUCUGGUAUGACAAAGUGGGACAUCAGUUAAUAGUAAAUGUUCUACAGGCAACAGAUUUGCCACCAAGAGUAGAUGGACGCCCCAGAAAUCCCUAUGUAAAAAUGUAUUUUCUUCCUGACAGAAGUGAUAAAAGUAAAAGAAGGACCAAAACAGUAAAGAAAAGUCUAGAGCCAAAAUGGAAUCAAACUUUUCUCUACUCACAUGUACAUCGUAGAGAUUUUAGAGAACGAAUGCUUGAAAUCACAGUAUGGGAUCAGCCAAGAGUACAAGAAGAAGAAAGUGAAUUUCUUGGAGAGAUUCUUAUAGAGCUGGAGACAGCACUUUUAGAUGAUGAACCACAUUGGUAUAAGCUACAGACACAUGAUGAAUCUUCACUACCUCUGCCUCAUCCAUCACCAUUCAUGCCAAGAAGACAUGUUCAUGGUGGAGAAAGCACUAGCAAAAAAUUACAAAGAUCUCGGCCAAUCAGUGAUAGUGACAUCUCAGAUUUUGAUGUUGAUGAUGGUAUUGGAGUUGUUCCUCCAGUAGGUUAUAGGUCUAGUACUAGAGAAAGUAAAUCCACAACGCUAACUGUGCCAGAACAGCAAAGAACAACAACACAUCAUCGUUCACGUUCUGUGUCUCCUCACCGUGGUGACGAUCAGGGCAGGCCCCGUUCACGUUUACCAAAUGUGCCAUUACAGAGGAGUUUAGAUGAAAUUCAUCAGAUGAGAAGAUCACGUUCUCCAACUAGACACCAUGAUGCCUCCAGAACUCCAGUUGAUUACAGAUCCAGAGAGAUGGAUAGUCAGUAUUUGUCUGAUCAAGAAAGUGAGCUUCUUAUGCUGCCCAGAGCAAAGCGAGGAAGAAGUGCAGAGUGCCUACAUACCAUCAGAAGUUCUGUUAGGCACUAUAAAACAUUACCACCCAAGAUGCCUUUACUAGAAAAUGGUACUCAUUGGAACCUAUACAGCUCAACUCUUCCUGCAUGUGCUAAGACCAAACCCGUGAUUAGACAGGAUAUUUCACUCCUUCAUGAUUGCCUUAAUUUACGAAUAUCGAAAUUUGGAGAUGAUCUACUGGUUAGUGAACUGCAGCCCUCCCUUGACAGGGCUAGGAGUGCUAGUACCAACUGCUUGAGACCAGAUACUAGUUUGCAUUCACCAGAACGAGAAAGGGGUAGAUGGUCCCCCUCCCUAGAGAGGAGACGACCUACUAGUCCCAGGAUUCAUAUCCAGCAUGCAUCUCCGGAGGAUGACAGAACAAGGACGCUGGAGUCUUGCAUUCCAAAACAGGACAGUGUAGACCACCUAAGUGCUAAACCUGGAGCAGCACAGAGGCAGUCCAGAAAAGUGGAAAGAUAUAGCAGCCAAAAACAAGCUAGGAAAGGCCCUGCAGCUGAAACAGAAAGAACACAUCAGCAAGGAAGUCCCACGCAGUCUCCUCCUGCAGACACCUCCUUCAGCAGUCGUAGGGGAAGACAGCUACCACAAGUUCCAGUAAGAAGUGGCAGUAUAGAGCAAGAGCAAGAGAAUUUUAACUCUCCCACAAAAGCAAGCUUAGUAGUGGAGGAGCGAACGAGACAGAUGAAAAUGAAAGUGCGCCGUUAUAAUCAGACAUCAGGGUCUGGUUCUAGCCAAGAACAUGAGCAUGAGCAAUAUACCAAGUAUAAUAUACAAACAGAUCAGUACAGAAGUUGUGAUAACGUCUCUGCCAAAUCAUCAGAUAGUGAUGUCAGUGAUGUGUCAGCCAUUUCCCGAACCAGCAGUGCCUCUCGCCUCAGCAGCACAAGUUUCAUGUCAGAGCAAUCUGAGCGCCCUCGGGGCAGGAUCAGUACAUUUACUCCUAAAAUGCAAGGCAGACGGAUGGGGACUUCAGGGAGAAUCACUAAGAGCACAAGCGUGAGCGGAGAGAUGUAUAAGCUGGAGCACAUUGACGGGAGCCAGUCGGACACGGCUGUCGGCAUGGUUGGAACAGGUGGGAAGAAAAGGCGUUCCAGCUUUAGUGCCAAAGUGGUUGCCAUAGUGUCUCGAAGGAGCAGAAGCACAUCUCAACUUAGUCAAACAGAGGCUGGCAGCAAGAAGCUAAAGAGCACGAUACAGAGAAGCACAGAAACAGGAAUGGCAGCAGAGAUGAGAAGUCGUAUGGUUCGACAGCCAAGUCGAGAAUCCACUGACGGCAGCAUAAAUAGUUAUAGCUCCGAGGGCAACUUAAUAUUUCCUGGAGUGCGGCUGGGCGCUGACAGUCAGUUCAGUGAUUUCCUCGAUGGACUGGGACCUGCACAGUUAGUGGGCCGACAAACACUAGCAACCCCUGCCAUGGGUGACAUCCAGAUUGGAAUGGUGGAUAAAAAAGGGCAGUUAGAAGUAGAAGUCAUUAGAGCCCGUGGCCUCACACAAAAACCUGGCUCCAAAUCUACCCCAGCUCCGUAUGUUAAAGUGUAUUUACUGGAAAAUGGAGCAUGUAUAGCUAAGAAGAAGACAAGAAUUGCAAGGAAGACGCUUGAUCCUCUGUACCAACAGACACUGGUUUUUGAGGAAAGUCCACAGGGUAAAGUCCUUCAGGUAAUAGUCUGGGGAGACUAUGGCCGAAUGGACCACAAAUGCUUCAUGGGAGUUGCCCAGAUCCUUCUGGAGGAACUGGAUCUGUCCAGCGUGGUAAUAGGCUGGUAUAAAUUAUUUCCACCUUCAUCGCUAGUGGAUCCAACAUUGACUCCCUUGACACGUAGGGCUUCCCAGUCAUCCCUGGAAAGUUCCACUGGGCCUCCCUGCAUUAGAUCAUAGUAGCAGGUGCUGUCUAUUCAAAAACAUCACCCAGGAUAACAAUUGGAACCAGAUAUUCACAUGGUCAAGAAACACUAUUGGAGAAAGACAAUCACUUCCGUUUUUGCUUGUAGUAGUUAUCCAAACAUAUGUCUGUCUGUUGAGAGAUGGCUUAAAUUGGCAGAACAAAGGUAUAUCACAUACAGCUAAUCUAUUAGCAGCUACCACUGAUGCUUAUAAUGAUUAAAAAAAAAAAAAGAAAAAAGAAAGGAAAAAGAAAAAAAGAGAGAGACAUUCAGAUUCGACCUAAGUCAAAGAUGACCCAAACUGGAAGCUCUCACUCUGUUAACAAUGUUGUUUUUUCACAUUUUGAGAGAGCCCUCAAGCAGUGUUACCUUCCUGGUGUUUCAGCAGUUUUUCUGUACUUGUCACUUCCACUAGUUUUUUGCCACGUGAUUCUGCUAGUUUUGUAGAAGUCCUCACAAUGCUAACAGAGACCCUUCCUUUCUUUUUCUAAACCAAACAAAAAAGGGCUGAAGCAUAUCUCUGUAAGCAUCGUUAAAGUGUUCAACAGCCACAGUUACAAUUCCAGCGAGUUCAAAUCUUUCCUCAGUUCUGGUACUUACAAGUCUUUCAUGUGGGAACCCAGAACAAAUGACCAAUCUAAGUUAUAUUCUUAAAAAUAAAAAUCAUCACAGUGCCACUUUUUCUUUGUAAAAAGCAGAUAUGUUUGCAUUAUAUAUAUAUAUUAUAACUUUUCUGUUUAUGAUGUUUUGCAUGGAAGAAUUUUGAAGAAUUCUGCAACUACUGCUGGGGACUGGUAUAAAGCAGCUUUAGUCUUAAUUUUGACAUUGAAUAUGUUACUGGUAAUGCAAUUUUCCUCCUAGAAUUGGAGAGGAAAUACUUAUGUUUCUGUGUAUAAAUGUAUAUUUGACUUCCCAAAAUGUUGACCAGGAAUGAAUUGAGCAUAUGACACUUUCAGCUGUACCCAGGCUUCUCUGAUGUGUGUCGCUUCAGACGCACCUGUCUGCCCUGGAUAGAGCAUGGUAUGAGUUGUUCAAUGUUUCACUGGAGAUUCCAGUUGAAAUAUUCUGCACUUACUAAUGUUUUUACCAAAUUUUAGUUUACAUUUCUUUGAGAUUGAUGCAAGCACAAGGCUUGAUUUUUUAACGCAAGAUAUCUUACUUUUUGGAGAAAAAAAAAAUCAAAUUUCAAUUUGCUUUUUAUUCAUUUGAGUUCUUCUUGGCCUUGAAAUCCCUUGUGAUAUUCUGUAAAUGUGCAAAGAACUGCAGAUUCCUGCAGGUGCAUUGAUAUGUUUCCCCUCCUUUUACAGGCCAUUCAAUUUUGUGAUCACACAAAUAGAGCAGCAUGACUUGGAACUGUUCAAAGCUGCAUGCACGUUUUGUAAAAAGAGAUGAAAAAGGUUAUUUAAUAAUGUAUGUUAGUUCCACAUAGGCCAGCUUGUAUGUUGCAUGUACUUGUACAGUUUGCUCGUAAUUACUAUACUGAAGUAACCAAGAAAUCUAAGCCAUCCAUUUUUCUUAUAGACAUUUUGCAGGUUUUAGCCAGGCUAGGUCUGUGGGUCUGGUGCUAAAUGUCUAUAGAUGGACUUUAUUUUUUACCCUAUGGAAAACGUGAUGUAGUACGGACCAAAUUCCUUCUAAUAACUAUUUUGGUGUAGAAUCCUACUGUGGGGCUGUAACACAUGUAGAAACUGUGUACACACUAGGUUUUAAUUCAUAGACAUACUGCCUGCACCAAGUGAACUAUUUAUUAUUACUCAACACAUGGGAAUUAUUCUGCCCAUCUUUCCAUAGGGCACAGAUUGGUUACUGCUCGACCUGCUGAGCAGGAAGAACUCAAGCAUUGGUGCACUACUACUAGAUCCUGUUCUGUCUUAGUGGACAAAAACCAACUAGCUAUAAUUCGAUAGUAUCUUUCUAUUUUGACCACUUGUCUUAACACUCCCCUGUGCUUUUAAAUGAACUUCCAACUCAUGUUAUGUAAACAUGUUUAAUAAAAUUUCCUUUUCAUGUCCA